AAAGUAAAAAGACUUGUUUUCUUGAUCCUGCUAUAAAGUGCUUCCUUUUUGUGAGGUUGAAAAUUUAGAGACUUGCUAAUGCUAGAUUGCGCAGCUUUGCAGAAUGAAUCUCGGUGACAGUCUCCUAUUUAGGAGCUCUAGUAAAGGUUCCAAUAAAGUGGUUGGGAAGUUUCCCGCUGUCAUCCUUAUUUUCCGUAAAGAGGUGAACUGCUAAAGCGGGCUACCUCGAAGGAAAAGGUACAACAACGUCGGAGAAUUUGGACUGUCAGUGAGGUGGAUAAGGGUCUGGCUUAGAACAUUAACCAAACCGUUCAUUUGCAUCCUAAUUGCUAGAAUAAGUGAUAAAGUUUUUUCUCAAAUGGAUCCCGGAUGAGUCGUUAUAGCAUAACGAGAGAUUUGUGGUUGCACAGAAACGGUGGAGAUAAUACAUAAGGCGAGACUACCGGAAAUAAUGUGUAAAUGGAAAAUUAUUGGCCUGGAUGAAGAUGUGAUACGAGUAGGAUACUAGUGGAGUUUCGUAAAUUCAGAACAACUCGCCUGGGUUGCAGUUGCUGGUGAAAUGUAGUUACAUUUGAUUUAUGUGUAACUGUUUCACUAGAGAUGAGCCGAUUAAAUCAAAUAGUAGACUACUUUCAAGAAGACUAUAGCAUAUACUGGUAAACAAGCAUGCAAAAUUGGACACCAAGCAGCGAGUCUAAUUUUCGUACAUGUUAGUGUUACCGAGGAUGAUGCAGCCACUGCCGCACCCUCUAAUGCGAAAUAUGCCUGGAAUCGAUCAGUUGCAAACUACGUCAAUUUUGCAUCAACAAUCACAACAUUACAACCACCACAGCAGCCAUUUCCAGCAAGUGUCAGUCACCAAUGGAUCAAUCAGUAGUGACUUGGUGGAUCCCCCUAAUCCGGAUAUGUUACUGGCACUGAUAGCACGGAGUAAAGCACUAGAAGCUACCAUUCCAAAAUGCGGCGGAUGUCACGAGCUCAUACUAGACCGAUUCAUCCUUAAAGUGGCCGACCGAACGUGGCACGCCAAGUGCCUUCAAUGUAGUGAAUGCCACGUGCAGCUCAACGAAAAAUGCUUCGCCCGCAACGGUCAAUUAUUCUGUAAGGAUGAUUUCUUCAAGCGGUACGGAACCAAAUGUGCGGCUUGUGAUCUAGGAAUUCCACCGACGCAAGUGGUCCGACGGGCGCAGGACAACGUAUACCACCUGCAGUGCUUUAUGUGUUCGAUGUGUUCGCGCCAACUAAACACUGGUGACGAAUUCUAUUUGAUGGAGGAUGGAAAGCUAGUUUGCAAACCGGACUACGAGGCGGCCAAGGCGAAGGGUUUAUAUCUCUCCGAUGGAUCAUUAGACGGUGAAUCAUCAAACAAACGACCUCGUACAACAAUUACCGCCAAACAGUUGGAGACUCUGAAGAGUGCUUACAACAGUAGUCCUAAACCGGCGCGGCAUGUACGCGAACAGUUAUCCCAGGAUACAGGCCUGGAUAUGCGAGUAGUGCAAGUGUGGUUUCAGAAUAGGCGAGCCAAAGAGAAACGACUGAAAAAGGAUGCCGGUCGAACAAGAUGGAGUCAAUAUUUCCGUUCGAUAAAGGGUGGCGGCUCGCCGAGUAGACACGAUAAGUUAUUAGAUAAGGACGAAUUGAAAAUUGAUCUAGAUAGCUUCAGCCAUCACGAUCUUAGUAACGAUAGUUAUAGCACUUCGAAUAUGGGCCUAGAAGAUGGUGCUUCACCGCACAGCGGUCGGGGGUCUUAUAUACAUGGUAAUGGAAGUCCUCCGCCCUACCUGUCUAGUCAUUCACCUCCGCCUAUCGGACCGGGCCACCACUACGGUUCAUAUCCGGACAAUAUUGUAUAUACACCACUAGGUCAACCUGUCAACUCAAUUCAUCAUGGAGGUCCCCGGGGUCCCCACGGACUGCACGGUAGUGGGGUUUCCGAUCUAAGUAACGAGUCUAGUCCUGCCCAUGGUUACCCUGACUUUCCGCCCAGCCCCGAUUCGUGGUUAGGUGAAUCCUGCCCUCCUAACGGAGUUGUUCCGACAGCAGUGCAGCCUCAGCAAUCGGUACCACCACUUGCGCAAACCAACGGCAAUCAGGCACCGUCGGCAUUGCACUACUGAUGCAAUAAGCCAUAGCUCCACGAGAACAACGCCAGUCAUGAGCACUGAAAUGAGCACAGGGAUAACCGCACUGGUUCUACUAGGUUAGGUUAGGAUCCUCGGAUUCAAUUUUCAAAUUCGAAAUUAUGGAACCCACUAAUAGCGGUACUCACGGUAACCUUUGAAGAGCAAUUUUGUGAUAAUACGAUAAAAAUACGGUCUUUAGUUGCAUUAUUUGUGCUGAGUGUACUUGUAAAAUUUGUGAUGGUAACUUUAAAAACUGCAGGUGAUAUAUGUUUGAGUUCAAUGAACAUGAGUAACUGUAGGUGGACUAGUAGAGUUAUAUGUUAUGGAUACUGGUCUCUAACCACGACUUAGAAUAUCUCUUAGAGUCAUCAGACAAUCGGUUGUCUAGGUUCACGAAAAAGAGUACCAUGGAAAUAUUUGACUUUGGAGAAACUGAUUGAAAAACAAAUAUCUCCAGCUCUGGUCGUCCGAAUGAUCUCUCUUCUUCAACUUCUGUUUGACAACUGCCCAUUAUGCUUCAAUUAGGCUCGGGAUUGAGGGCAGUUAGGUGGAUGAAUGGCCUUUUCAUAGAUAUCCACCCGGUUAUCUCGUUGACAGCUUAACAAAUAUUUGCUUUGCUAAAGUGACAGCUUAACAAAUACACUUUUUUCAAGCUUUUUUUUCUUUUGCUUGUAUAUUUAAAAAUAUUUAUUUCUUUUCGCAACUGGAAAUAAAUUCCCAGAUCGUAAACAGACUUGCGAAUUUAACGACAAAAGCGAGUUCAAACUUCAAGCUGCCCGUAACCUAACAUCACGUACUUUUCGUCGUCCACAAAAAGGGAUCCUUCGUUUUUUUCGAAAAUCCUCAUCGUAUAGCUUCCGUUCACGUCUUUUGGACACAAAAUUCUGUUUGGUUGCUUACUGACACGAAAAGAGCGAAUUAUUCCUGAUUCAACGACUGAAAACGCUACAGUAAAAUAAACAAUGUGUACAGAUAUUGUGUGACUCAAAAUUUAGCAUUUGGGACAUUAUACUCGUUUCAAAAUAUGCCUUUCUAACACAAUACUAAUUAUAGUUUUGAAGAUUCAAUUGAUGGAAAGACGUUUCCAGCUUUCAGUAGAGUGAUAGUAAGGAGAGCAAUGCUGGUAACAACUCAAAAAAAUUCAUAAAAAUGUUUCAUGUUUUAUAUUGGAUUUGAUGGACAGUUUGUUCCCUUGAAAAAAAUCUCCCAAACGGAUAACUGUUGUUACUCUCCUUACAGCCACCAUAGCUAAUAAAAUCGUUGCUUAAGCUUCAUCGUAAGGCUUUUUUGUAGUCUUGCUAAGACGUAACUGUCUUGAGUUUACUACAAGUUUGUAUUAGCAUCCAGUUAGAAAAACAAAUUGGAAAAAGACUGAUGAAUGCAACAGCGAAAUGAAAACUUUUCGAAAAAAUUACCACAUAGACGGGAGUCUUUGUCUAUCCAGGGAAAUCGUAUUGCCAAUAAACAAGUUGGUCAAUAAGUCGCCGGUUUGACUGACAGUUGGUGUCACUAAAUAAUGGCUUAAAAACAUUAUCCGGACUCCGCUUCAAUCAAACCAACCAUGCUGAAUUGAAACGUUGUUAUACAAACACCGUAUCUCGAUCUGGUCGUCCAAAUGAAGCUGUUAUUCCAGAGUUCAUUCCAUCGUUAUGGAACAACGAAAAGUGAAGUUGCAAUUUCCCAUGAGCACUUAAAUAAAAAAAAGAUUGUUUGCAAAGUUGAUAUCGUAUUUUAUCUAAUAUCUUAAUUCCGUGAAUUAAAGUCGGAAUUACUCUCGAAUCCAUUCGAACACAUUCGCCAGAUUUUACCCCCAAAGACUAUUUUUUACAUCGAAUGAUGAGGUCAUCUAAAAAGAAAUGAUGUUAUAAAAUUGGUGCAGAAUUGUUGGAACACCGUUGAAACAAAUGUAUUGUUCUUCAAAUAGAAUACAUUCUUGAAUAAAAUGGGAACUCUGUAGACAGGUGUUCUCAAACCGGGGACUUUUUGACCGAGGUGUUAAACUAACUUGCGGAAAUACGGCCAAAUUGAACAGAAGAAGCAUGUUCAGGUAUGUAGGUUUCAAACCAUACUAAUGUUCGGAUCGCAAACCGAAUCAAUAUAAAUCACUUUUUUUUACAACCAUAAGCUAUUUCCGAAACGGUUUCGACAUUUGAUACCAAUUGCACAAGAAUCAGUAUAAUUCUUCGAUUACUUUCGCUAUAUCUUCGAUUACUUUCGUACUACUUACUGCCAUCGUAUUUCAUUCAGUAUGUUCCAAUGUUAUGAGAUUUCAUAAAACAACUUGAAUCAAUUUCGAAUCAAUAUAACCAAUAAAGUCCACAUUUGCUCAGUGUGCAUUCAAACGUCUCCGAUGCAGUUCAAAGGUUACCGGUGUUACUGUCACGUUUCGUAGAAGAUUUUAUUGAAGGUGCAAUUGUACAGAUCAUUUGAUGUAUUAGUGCACAUUUCUUUCUGAGCUGUUAGGUUAUCUGAUAUGAUAAAACUCUCCUAAAUAAAACCAGGAUAGUCUCACAACGACGAUUGAGAUACUGAGCUUUGUCUGUCGGAUUGGUAAGAAAAUUACCCAAUAGGAUGUCGUUUCAAGUCAUCUCUGAAAAGCUGUGCACUAAGUUACAAAACACUCAAUAUAGAUUUUUAUUUUGUUCAUGCCAAAUAUCCCGGUAAUAUUCACAAUGAAAAUUUAUCAGAUACAAAUAACUUUAUGAUAAAAAAUAUUAAAACAAUGUCCAGUGUGCAAAAAUGACGCGAAAACAAACUAGUCCAACUAACUAUUCUUAAUUAUGUGUAGGAAUAUUAAAAACAAGAACAUUGUUGUUAGUCCUUUCAGGUAAUUGGAUUUUCGAAGUAAAUUUAACGCAAAACAUAAUGAUUUUCACUAUAAAAUAGUUCUUUACUUAUGUAUUUAAUAUGGAGUAUAGUUUGAAAUACUAGACUCUUAUGAGUUCCUUACAAACAAAUACUGUACCAAAUAAAAACUUAAAGUGAAUUCAUAGUUUCGGACAAAUAGGUUGUAUUUACAAAUAACAAGUUUUUUCCGAAUAUUAUUGAACACACCAAACCUGGUUUCAAAUACCUCCGGAAGGUAAAAUCAAAAUUUUCUGUAUUGUUUUCCACAAAUGCGAAAAAACAUCUAGUUCUAAAGAAAUCUAUAGUUGUACAAAUGACCUUACUAGGUAAUCCAAAGACAUUUGAAAAUUGUGUAUAAUUUAGAGUUCACAUUAAGUUACAAGGACACAAAACUUAUACAAUACAGCCGUAGUUCUGGAAAGUAAACUGACUAUAUAAAUUUACUGUGUA